UAUUUUACUUUGGUUUCCCUAGCAACCUAGCAACGGGAUCAAUGAGGAAGAACACAGAAGAGAAGUUUUUCUCCCUCCCUACCCUGACCAUCUUUUCGAAUCCAGGCUUCCACGUCAGGCUCGGAACGCCUGACGAUAAUUGAGUUUCUGAAUCUGUUAUGCAGCGCGAUGCCGGUCGAUAACAGGAGAAUCGCAGGGCCUGAAGUCACCCAGCCCGUUAUUUUCACAGGAAGAAAGGCAGUCGAUAAACCUCUGAUAACUGGUGACGGUUUACGAAGAGAUGGCCGGAAAACAGACGAACUUCGACCGAUGUUUUUGCGUUCAGGGGUAGUCAGUCAAGCCAGAGGCUCAGCAUACAUUGAAAUGCAGAACACCAAAGUCACAUGUGCUGUAUAUGGGCCAAGAGAAUCACAGAGACAGCAAGAGUUUAGUGAAAGGGGAAAGUUGACUUGUGAGUUCAAGUUUGCACCAUUUUCAUGCUGGCAAAGGCGACAACACAUGCAGGAUUCAGAAGAAAAGGAGCUAUCUUCAUUUAUUGUCCAAGCUCUCCAGCCAGCAGUUUGCUUGGAGAAGUUCCCCAAAGCUCAAGUUGACAUCUAUAUUACUGUCCUAGAAAAUGAUGGAAAUGCUCUUUCUGCUGGAAUAAUUUGUGCAUCACUGGCCCUUGGAGAGGCUGGAAUAGAAAUGUAUGACCUUGUUUCCUCGUGUUCUUUGGUGCAGAAAGGUGACACAUCACUGGUGGAUCCCACAUUUCAAGAGACUUCAUCUUCAGAUAUUGAUGGAAGGGUCACCAUAGCCUUUCUUCCUACUAUGAAUGUCAUAUCUGGUUUGUCACAAGAUGGUGAAUUGACUCAGGAUCAGUCCAACAAGGCCAUUAAGAGUGGUAUGGAAGGUUGUGCAAGAAUUUUUCCAGUUCUUCAAGAAUCUCUUGUUAACACUGUAAAGCGAACUGUGAAUUCCAAUUGUAAAAGCUAAAUUUGAACGUUUUCUGCGGUAUUUAUGACAAACUUAAUAUCCUAUCAUAAGAGAAUAGCAGUGAGCUGUAAUGUCAAGGAUCUUUGCGAAAAGAUGAGACAUGUCUUCUGUUGUCGGAGAUCUACUCAAGUUUGCUUUGGGGAUGAAACAGUGCCUACAUCCAGUGCUUCCAAUAAGACCUGGCACCCGCUGAAACUCUGGAGGGUAUUCUGUUGUGAAUCGCCGGGUAAACUUUGGAAGCUCUCAAGCAAACUCAUGAAGUGAGAUCUAAAACUUAAAGGCUUAAAAGCUUUAUUUUACAGUAUGAAACACUACUUUCCCACAUCUCCCAUAAAUAAUUAUUUCACGAAUCUCAGUUUAAAUUGUUACAGCUCCCCUCUUACAUUGUCGUUGUCGAAGUCCAGUGCUCCCUCUGCAGGUGAUGCGAGGUCGCUUUCAUCCGAAUGCUUGCCCGGUAUUUCCGCCAUGAAUCUUGGAAGUGUAAAAGUUCUUUAAAUCUGUUUCACAAAAAGGGUCAUCGUUUUUUUAGAUGAGUAAACAUUUGUGUUUUGAGAUAAAUAAAACUCGCUCUUUGUUGUACGCAGCAAAAAAACAACAAAAUAAAACAAAAAACAAAACAAACAAACAAAUUCACUUUGAGUAGUUCUCGUUCUACAAAAAUUGUUUCCUGUCCAGAGUCGUUAGCUAAAUUUCCAUUUAGCAACAUUGGGGCCUUUUUAUAAUAUACCAGUUUGCGAGACGCUCGAUUUCUCUGCUUCAAAAUGGUGCUAAGAACAAAAAAAUUUCCUGAUACCCUCACGCAAGUCGAACUCGUUUUUCUCACAGGGGAAGCGCUGAAUUUUUUUCCUUCUAUUUUUGUACCUUUAUCACUGAUUAAUUCCUAUGUGAUAUUCAGCAAAAGUUUACCAACUUGCUCGCCGACGCAGCACAACAAGUUUAUUUUUGUCGGAAACUUAUAAUCUCCUCCUGCUAAGUCUAGGUGUUAUUUCUUCCUCGUUUCACGUUCAACCUGAAGAAACGUAUAGAAAGAACUUGUCAUUUCAUCGAUCGGUUCACAGUACAAUUUGAGGUAGCUAGAAGCAAGGUUGUUUGAAGCAGGGCUAAAAAUUGGCGGUCGCACGGUCGCCAGUGGCGAGUUAAAACUGACCAGGGCCACCAAAAGUUGAGGUUUGAACGCCCGAUGUGCGACUAUGCUACAGAAUUUCGAAUAGUUGCAAUGUUAAUUAUGCGAAGUACAAAGUUGAAAAUAAAACUCAAUAUGUAGUUUAAUUGGA